GGGCGCACUCUCUCUGCUCGUUGCCGUUUGCUUGAAUCAUCGUGCUUGCUCUCGUUCGUGAAUCCACCAUGGCGGUCGCAGCUGUGGCACCCGUGGCUGUACAGCCAGAGGUUAAACUUUUCGGAAGAUGGUCGUUCGAUGACAUUGAAAUCAAUGACAUCUCCUUGGCCGAUUACAUCGCUGUUUCGGUCGACAAGCACGCCACCUUCGUGCCCCAUACCGCCGGAAGGUACUCGGUCAAGCGUUUUAGAAAGGCCCAAUGUCCGAUUGUGGAGCGAUUGACGAACUCUCUCAUGAUGCACGGCCGCAACAACGGUAAGAAGCUCAUGGCAGUUCGCAUCGUCAAGCACGCCAUGGAGAUCAUCCACCUGCUGACCGACCAAAACCCUAUUCAGGUCAUCGUCGACGCCAUCAUCAACAGCGGUCCCCGCGAGGAUGCCACCCGUAUUGGAUCUGCUGGAGUCAUUAGAAGGCAGGCUGUGGAUAUCUCACCUUUGAGAAGAGUGAACCAGGCCAUCUACCUGCUCACGACAGGUGCUAGGGAGAGCGCUUUCAGGAAUAUCAAGACCAUCGCCGAGUGUUUGGCAGAUGAGUUGAUCAAUGCUGCUAAGGGUUCUUCUAACAGUUACGCCAUCAAGAAGAAGGACGAGAUUGAGCGUGUCGCUAAGGCCAAUCGUUAAGGUUUUAAUUGUACUAAGGACCAGGUAUAUAUAUAUUUCCUUAUCACGGAUGCAAGGAAGAGUAGCCACGGAAUGACGAAGACUUCAAUUCUAGCUGGCGAAGAAGUGGUGGAUGCGACCCUGACUCCAAGUUACUCCGUUUUACCUGGGGUGGGAAAAGGGAUCUUGAUUUUGUAUUGACAACUACACAAUUGUGCACUUCGAGGCGAAAUUUCAAUUGAUACACUGUUUCAGGUUUCUUGCGAACCAA